UUGUUCACUGCUCAUCAAUUUAGGGUUAUGGUUCAAAACUAUUGGCAUCAGCAUCCCCCAACAUUCUGCGUCUUCCCUACCAUUAGGAUUAGGGUUGGGGUUUCAAAUUGUGGUCUCUGCUAGAAUGGGGAGGAGACAGAAGCCUAAAGCAAAGAUAGAUCACCAAGAAGGUGAAGAAGGAGCGAAUUCUUCAAGGUCCGUCAUCUACCUGAGCAGCAGCGACGAUGAAGAAGCCAACGAAGAUCUGAGCUUGAAAAUCGUGGAGAAAGCUAUGAAGAGAGCGUCCAAGAGGAAUCACAACGAUGCCGUUUUGGCUAGUCGCAGUGCUGUGAUCGAUCUGGGUUCCUCGCCUUCGGAAGAGGCCGAAGUGAUCACAGAUAGGAGCGGGCCCACCACGGACGAUGAUGCGGAGGUGAAGAGUAAGAAGAAGAAAAGUAGGAAGGAGAAGAGGGCGAACAAGAACAUAGAAAAUCAGGAGAAAACUGAUGAAAUUUUGAUGGAGGAAAAGAAGGGAGAGUCGGAUAAAGCAUUAGAGAUACUUAAAAUGGUGGAACCAAAUCCUGUUGAGGGUAGCGACAAUAUUGUCCUUCGGAAGCUUCUUCGAGGGCCAAGAUAUUUUGAUCCUCCAGAUAGUGGCUGGGGAGCAUGCUAUAAUUGUGGUGAAGAAGGUCAUAAUGCAGUGAAUUGUGCAUCUGUUAAGCGGAAAAAGCCGUGCUUUGUUUGUGGGAGUUUGGAGCAUAAUGCAAAGCAGUGCAUGAAGGGGCAAGAUUGUUUUAUUUGCAAAAAAGGAGGCCACCGAGCAAAAGAUUGUCCUGAGAAGCACAGAAGUGGUUCACAAAAUUCUAAAAUAUGUUUAAAAUGUGGAGAUUCUAGGCAUGAUAUGUUUUCAUGCAGGAAUGAUUAUUCUCCUGAAGAUCUCAAGGAAAUACAAUGUUACAUUUGCAAGAGUUUUGGUCAUCUAUGUUGUGUCAACUAUGUUGAUACUGGUCCAAUAGAACCUUCUUGCUAUAAAUGUGGUCAGUUGGGCCAUACUGGUUUGGCAUGUGCAAGGUUAAAUGCAGAGACCGCUGAUGUGCAGACACCCAGUUCAUGCUAUAGAUGUGGCGAACAAGGUCACUUCGCUCGUGAAUGCAAAAGUUCCACUAAGGUUAGCAAGAGAAAUUCUGAAGUAUCUACACAAAGUCGGAGAUUUCUUAAAGAAGAUAAGGACAAGUUAGGAUUCAAGUCUGCACCAAAAGAUCUUGGUAUGGGUCGUAAAAGGAAAAAGCCCUGGUACGAAGAAAGGGGAAAUAUCACUCCGCGUAAACCAAAACAAAGAGGUGGCUGGAUUACAGAGGAUCCAGGAGAUUCCCCUAGGAAAGCCAAAGUGAAGAGUUGGAGAUCUCCUGCAACACCAACAAAUAAGAAUCACAAGAGACCUAUGUUAACUGCUGGUCAUUACACAAGUUCGCAGUCUUCUAAAAAUACCCAGAAGUUCUAUUCUAGAAAUUCAACUUGGCAAGGAUCAGCAAAUGCUUCUCAGCAUAGAUUUUCUGCGUCAAGGUUUGGCAGCUCUAGCAGUGAUGCUGUGAGGAGACAUUAUGAUUGGUGGUAGGGAUUUAUUUUAUGUGUAGACUUGGAAGGCAAUGACUGCAAAAGGAAAAUGAUGUGGGUGUGUCACACCUCUUAUGACCUUAGAUUCAAAGUUGCAGUUUUCCUUGUGCACUAGUGAGGGCAAGGUUCCUUGUAUUUUCUCCGUGUUCUUGUUGAUGUACAUUAUUGAUGGAAGAAAUCAUUAUUUGAGGAUUUAUAGCAUUCUUCAUCAAAUGGUUUAGCUUUCUUCAGAAGUGGUUAUUCCUGGUUAAUUAUUUUGGUUUUUGUUUAUCUUGAUAACCUUACAUUUUAGUUGGUUUUCCAUAAAUUUCUUUACCUCUGAAGUUGGCCAAGGACUAACAUAGGUUUUCCCCUCAGUUUCAUGUGUAAUACUGACAUGGCAAUGUAUCUCAAACUGUCAAUGGAAAAAUGUUGGUGCAUGGUUCUCAUUCUUGGAGAUCAAAAUUUUGGAUGUCCAAAAGUGAUUAAAUGAUUCCAUUCAUUCACAUGGAAACUAAAAGAUCCAUUUUUUUUU